AUGGGGAAAUUUAACUGUAGUUGCUUGAAUGGAUUUGGUGCCUUAUUUUCUGGAAGUGAUGAAAUUGUCUGUAAAGCCAUAACUUGUCCUCCCACAUUCGCUCCAAUCAAUGGAUCUGUGACAUACAAUUCUACUGCUGAUGAAAACGACACCUAUGCCUUUGAUGUAGUGGCCUACUACAACUGUGACACUGGGUACUCUCUGGUUGGUGACAGCACAAGAACUUGCACUGGAAAUAGAAACAGCAAUGUUGGUGCAUUUGAUGGACUAUCUCCAAAUUGUGAAGCUAUAACAUGCCCUCCACUUUCUAAUCCAACCAACGGCUCCGUUUUUUAUUCGAAUGUGCCUGGUCAAAAUAACUGCUACGAUUUCAAUGUAAUGGCUACCUACAAUUGUGACACUGGGUUUUCUCUGGUUGGUGAUCAAACAAGGACGUGUACUGGAGAUGGCAACAGCACUACUGGUGCUUUUAAUAGAGUGUCUCCAAUUUGUAAACCCAUAACAUGCCCCGCUCUGCUCUUUCCGAACAAUGGCAGUAUUGAUUUUGGUGGAGCCUCACCAGAAGAAAACAGCACCUAUGCUUUUAAUGUGGUUGCUACCUACAAUUGUGACACUGGGUUUUCUCUUGUUGGUGAUCAAACAAGGACGUGUACUGGAGAUGGCAACAGCACUACUGGUGCUUUUGAUAGAUUGUCUCCAACUUGUGAACCCAUAACAUGCCCCGCUCUGCUCUUCCCAAACAACGGCAGUAUUGAUUUUGGUGGAGCCUCACAUGAUGAAAACAGCACCUAUGCAUUUAAUACGGUUGCUAGCUACAAUUGUGACACUGGGUUUUCUCUGGUUGGUGAUCAAACAAGGACGUGUAUUGGAGAUGGCAACAGCACUACUGGUGCUUUUAAUAGAGUGUCUCCAACUUGUGAACCCAUAACAUGCCCCGCUCUGCUCUUUCCGAACAAUGGCAGUAUUGAUUUUGGUGGAGCCUCACCAGAAGAAAACAGCACCUAUGCUUUUAAUGUGGUUGCUACCUACAAUUGUGACACUGGGUUUUCUCUUGUUGGUGAUCAAACAAGGACGUGUACUGGAAAUAGCAACAGCACUACUGGAGCUUUUGAUAGAUUGUCUCCAACUUGUGAACCCAUAACGUGCCCCGCUCUGCUCUUCCCAAACAACGGAAGUAUUGAUUUUGGUGGAGCCUCACAUGAUGAAAACAGCACCUAUGCAUUUAAUACGGUUGCUAGCUACAAUUGUGACACUGGGUUUUCUCUGGUUGGUGAUCAAACAAGGACGUGUACUGGAGAUGGCAACAGCACUACUGGUGCUUUUAAUAGAGUGUCUCCAACUUGUGAACCCAUAACAUGCCCCGCUCUGCUCUUUCCGAACAAUGGCAGUAUUGAUUUUGGUGGAGCCUCACCAGAAGAAAACAGCACCUAUGCUUUUAAUGUGGUUGCUACCUACAAUUGUGACACUGGGUUUUCUCUUGUUGGUGAUCAAACAAGGACGUGUACUGGAAAUAGCAACAGCACUACUGGAGCUUUUGAUAGAUUGUCUCCAACUUGUGAACGUAAGUGCAUACUUCUAUUUUGA